CAAACAGCGAACACUCUUUUCCCCAACCCAGACGAGGGGAGAGGAGCGGUAGCAGCCGGCGGAAUGGCGGUGCCGCCGAAGGCCUGGAAGGCGGAGUACGCCAAAUCUGGGCGGUCCUCGUGCAAGUCCUGCAAAUCCCCCAUUGGCAAGGACGCGCUCCGCCUCGGCAAAAUGGUCCAGGCCACCCAGUUCGACGGAUUCAUGCCCAUGUGGAACCAUGCCAGCUGCAUCCUCAAGAAGAAAACCCAGAUCAAAUCUGUUGAUGAUGUUGAGGGAAUAGAUGCGCUUAGGUGGGAUGACCAAGAGAAGAUAAGAAAUUAUGUUGAAAGUUCCUCAAGUACUGCAACAUCCACACCUGCUAUUUCAGAUAAAUGUACUAUUGAGGUUGCCCAGUCUGCUCGUGCUUCGUGUAGACGGUGCAGUGAAAAGAUUACAAAAGGCACCGUUCGUGUUUCAUCUAAACUUGAGGGUCAAGGUUGGUACCAUAUCAGUUGUUUCUUGGAAAUGUCCCCAACUGCAACAGUUGAGAAAUUCCCAGGCUGGGAGACCUUGUCGCAGGAGGAUACAGGAGCUAUUCUUGAUAUUAUUAAGAAAGGAACCGCCAGCGAAGAACAAACAACUUCGAAGGGCUCCAAGCGCAAGAAUGGUGACAAUGACAUGCAGGACCACAAAGCUCCCAAGUUAGACGGAAGUGUAUCUGAAGCUGCAAGACCAAACAAAGGAAAACUUGUAGUACCAUGUGAUUCUAAUGCUAGUUCUGCUGAUCUGAACCAAAAGCUUAAAGUUCAAAGUGACACACUUUGGAAGUUAAAAGAUGAACUGAAGAAGCAUGUUUCAACUGCUGAGCUGAGGGAUAUGCUUGAAGUUAAUGAGCAAGAUCCAUCUGGACCAGAGCGGGACCUAUUGGAACGUUGUGCUGAUGGGAUGCUGUUUGGAGCGCUGGGCCCUUGCCCAGUCUGUACUAGCUGCCUCUACUAUUACGGUGGUCACUAUCAGUGCAAUGGCUAUGUUUCAGAGUGGUCCAAAUGUACCUACACAACAACACAACCUGUCCGCAUUAAGAAGAAAUGGAAAAUCCCUGAUGAAAUAAAGAAUGUUUAUCUUACAAAGUGGUUCAAAUCUCAAAAGGUUAAGAAACCAGAUAGAGUUCUUCCCCAAAUGACGCCUCAGAAGUCUGUAGGCCAAUCAACUCAGCAGUUUCCCAUUGGUGAAGCAUUGGAUAAGUUGAGAAUCUCUGUAGUAGGACAAUCUAAAGACGUUGCUGAUGAGUGGAAAGAAAAGCUUAAACUUGCCGGUGCCAUCUUCAAUGCGAGGGUUACCAAAGAUAUUAAUUGUCUAGUUUCUUGUGGUGGGCUUGAUAAUGAGAAUCCUGAAGUCAGGAAAGCAAGGAGGCUGAAGAUACCAAUCGUAAGAGGAGAUUACCUUGGAGAAUGCAUUAGGAAAAAUAGAGUGCUUCCAUUUGAUUUAUAUAAAGUAGAGACUACCUUGGAAUCAUCAAAAGGUAGCACAGUUACUGUUAAAGUUAAGGGCCGAAGUGCUGUUCAUGAGGCCUCCGGUUUGCAAGAUACGGGCCAUAUUCUGGAAGAUGCUAAAAGCAUAUACAAUACAACCCUAAACAUGUCUGACAUGACUCAAGGAGUUAACAGCUACUAUAUACUUCAGGUAAUCGAAGAGGAUGAUGGAAGUGAAUGCUAUGUAUUUAGAAAGUGGGGACGAGUUGGCAGCGAAAAAAUUGGUGGAACAAAACUGGAGGAGAUGUCAAAAACUGACGCAAUACAACAAUUUAAAAGAUUAUUUCUUGAAAAGACUGGAAACCCCUGGGAAGCAUGGAUACAAAAAACAAAUUUCCAAAAGCAGCCUGGGAGAUUUUAUCCGCUUGAUAUUGAUUAUGGUGUUAGGCAAGCACCAAAACGAAAAGACAUCAGCAAAGCAAAAAGUUCACUUGCUCCUCAGUUGCUGGAACUCAUGAUGAUGCUUUUCAAUGUUGAAACAUAUAGGGCUGCUAUGAUGGAAUUUGAAAUCAAUAUGUCAGAAAUGCCCCUUGGGAAACUAAGCAAGGACAAUAUACAGAAAGGAUUUGAAGCCUUAACUGAGAUACAGAAUCUAUUGGAUAACACUGGCAACCAAGAACUGGCUCUUAGAGAGAGCUUGGUUAUUGCUGCAAGCAAUCGUUUUUUCACUCUUAUUCCUUCUGUUCAUCCACAUAUUAUACGUGAUAAGGAUGACUUGACGAUGAAAGUGAAAAUGCUUGAAGCUCUGCAAGAUAUUGAAAUUGCUUCUAGACUUGUAGGCUUCGAUGGUGACAAUGAUGAAUCUCUUGAUGAGAAGUACAAGAAACUUCACUGUGACAUUACCCCGCUAGCUCAUGACAGUGAAGAUUACAAGCUAGUCAAGAAAUAUCUCCUCAACACGCAUGCUCCCACUCACAAGGAUUGGUCAUUAGAAUUAGAGGAAGUUUAUGUGCUCGAUCGGGAUGGAGAAUCCAACAAGUACUCGAAAUAUAGAAACAAUCUCCAUAACAAGAUGCUAUUGUGGCAUGGUUCAAGGUUGACAAAUUUUAUUGGAAUUCUUAGCCAAGGACUAAGAAUAGCACCUCCUGAAGCUCCUGUGACAGGCUAUAUGUUCGGCAAAGGACUCUACUUUGCAGAUUUAGUAAGCAAGAGUGCACAGUAUUGCUAUGUGGAUAAAAACAAUCCAACUGGUUUGAUGCUUCUUUCCGAGGUUGCUCUAGGAGACAUGCAUGAACUAAAAAAAGCCACGCCGAUGGACAAACCUCCAAGAGGGAAGCAUUCAACCAAGGGCUUAGGAAAAACUGUGCCGCAGGAGUCGGAAUUUGUGAAAUGGAGGGAUGAUGUGGUAGUGCCUUGCGGUAAGCCAGUUCCAUCAUCUAUCAGGGCAUCUGAGCUUCUGUACAACGAGUAUAUAGUCUACAAUACAUCCCAGGUAAAGAUGCAGUUCUUGUUGAAGGUCAGAUUCCAUCACAAGAGGUGACUGGAAUACUAGGGAGAAUUUAGUUAGAUUCCGACUAAGAUAGGUUAUGUUGCGACCACAUCUGAUCCAUUUUGGGAAAUAUAGCAUGGGCAUCAGUGUGAGUGGCGCAAGUAAUCCCCCGCAUUAUCUCAUGUGAUGAUGAUUGCUAAAUCGUUUGAAACUACUUUGUCUGUUGUUGUC